GCAGCCCCGGCUGCGGGUCGCGACGGCGGCGGGGCGCCCCCUCCCCCGUGCCGGGGCGCGGCGAAGGGAUGUGGGGCUUUGCGGGAGGAAGGCUUUUCGGCAUCUUCUCGGCCCCGGUGCUGGUGGCGGUGGUUUGCUGCGCCCAGAGCGUCAACGACCCCGGGAACAUGUCCUUUGUGAAGGAGACCGUCGACAAGCUGUUGAAAGGCUACGACAUUCGUCUGAGACCCGACUUCGGGGGUCCCCCAGUCUGCGUGGGGAUGAACAUCGACAUCGCCAGCAUCGACAUGGUUUCUGAAGUCAACAUGGACUAUACCUUAACUAUGUAUUUUCAACAAUAUUGGAGAGAUAAAAGGCUCGCCUAUUCUGGGAUCCCUCUCAACCUCACGCUUGACAAUCGAGUGGCUGACCAGCUCUGGGUGCCCGACACAUAUUUCUUAAAUGACAAAAAGUCAUUUGUGCACGGAGUGACAGUGAAAAACCGCAUGAUCCGCCUCCACCCUGAUGGGACAGUGCUGUACGGGCUCAGGAUCACCACCACAGCAGCAUGCAUGAUGGACCUCAGGAGAUACCCCCUGGAUGAGCAGAACUGCACCCUGGAAAUCGAAAGCUAUGGCUACACGACGGAUGACAUUGAGUUUUAUUGGCGCGGCGGGGACAAGGCUGUCACCGGCGUGGAAAGGAUCGAGCUCCCCCAGUUCUCUAUCGUGGAGCACCGUCUGGUCUCCAGGAAUGUUGUCUUCGCCACAGGUGCCUACCCUCGACUUUCUUUGAGUUUUCGGUUGAAGAGAAACAUUGGUUACUUCAUUCUUCAGACGUAUAUGCCCUCCAUCCUGAUCACCAUCCUCUCGUGGGUGUCCUUCUGGAUCAAUUACGAUGCCUCUGCAGCUCGAGUUGCCCUUGGGAUCACCACCGUGCUCACCAUGACAACCAUCAACACUCACCUUCGGGAGACUCUGCCCAAAAUCCCCUACGUCAAAGCCAUCGACAUGUACCUGAUGGGCUGUUUCGUCUUUGUAUUCCUGGCCCUUCUGGAGUACGCCUUUGUCAACUACAUUUUCUUUGGAAGAGGUCCCCAAAGGCAGAAGAAGCUUGCAGAGAAGACUGCCAAGGCCAAGAAUGACCGUUCCAAGAGUGAAAGCAACCGGGUGGAUGCUCACGGGAACAUCCUAUUAACAUCGCUGGAAGUUCACAACGAAAUGAAUGAGGUCGCAGGCGGCGUCGGAGACACCAGGAAUUCAGCAAUAUCCUUUGACAACUCAGGAAUCCAGUAUAGGAAACAGAGCAUGCCCAGGGAAGGGCACGGGCGGUACAUGGGAGACAGAAGCAUCCCGCACAAGAAGACCCACCUACGGAGGAGGUCUUCACAGCUCAAGAUCAAAAUCCCCGAUCUCACCGAUGUGAAUGCCAUAGACAGAUGGUCCAGGAUCGUGUUUCCCUUCACCUUUUCCCUUUUCAACUUAGUUUACUGGCUGUACUAUGUUAACUGAGUGACUGUACUUGAUUUUUCAAAGACUCCAUUUAACACUGAGUGAAAUAUUACCCUGCCUGUCAAGUUUUUAUACCAGUACACACACACCUACACACACCCACACACACACAAUUGUAUAUAUAUAUGUGAACUUUCUCAGCAUAUAUAUAAAAGACACGUGUAUAUGAGGGUGUAUGUGUAUAUGUUUAUAUACGCAGGUGUGACUAUCUGCGUAUGUACGACAAAUACGCACACAUGCCGUACAUUUUGCAACUAUGGACAAUUUAACACAGGAUGCAU